CAACUUCCGCCAGGUCAGACUUUGCGACAAGUCGUCACAAGAAAUCGCCGGCGCCAGAGAGAGCAGACAGAUGGCUACCGUCUUUCGGCGUUAACUAUAUUAGAAACUCUUAUAAUUUUACUGCAGAUUUAGUGGAGUGGUGCUAUGUCUUCGGGAAUGACUGGACAAACACCGUGCCUAACCAGCCGAUGGGAUCAGCCAGCACAACCUACUCAGAGUGUAGAUGUAAGGCAGCAGAGGAGUAGUGAAAAUGCAGCCCACCCUGUCUCUUUAUCAGGAGUUGUCAGCACUGCUGGUUCAAACAACACAGUUUCCCAGCCAGCACAAACAGGAGAAAAGCCAGCACCUCAGGGAGGAGUUGAAAUGGCUGCGGCCAUGGCUGCUAAAAUAAAUGCCAUGUUAAUGGCAAAAGGAAAGCUGUUGACUCCUCCACCUUUACUUGCAAAGACCCCUCCAAGUGUGCCAGUGCCAACCACUACAGAAGAGAUGGUUGUCACAGAGGUCGACAUAAAUGAUGUACCGCUACAUAGCAGGGACCUUCUUACUAAAGGCAAGACACAGGAGGAGAUCCGACAGUUUAGUGGAGCAGUCGUCUCAACAAAAGGUCAUUACAUGACUGAAGCUGACAAGGGAAAAGCAGGACAAAGACCUUUGUAUUUGCAUGUCCAGGGAAAGAACCAAGAUCAGGUCAAUAAGGCUGUGAUUAGGAUAAAGGAGAUCAUCUCUGAGAACGUGUUGAGGGCCUCAGCAGCAUCAGGAGGACAACAGGUGCCUGUAAUGCCUCCGCUCACACUCUACCCUCAGCCUCCUCGCCCCGUCAUUCCCACACCUGUGCCACGGAUGCCCCUCACCAACUCCGCGCCAGGCCAGGGACAUCGGCCUGCAGCUCCUCAUUCAGGGAGUUUUGUGCACACAAAGAUUUUUGUGGGUCUGGACCAGGCGUUGCCCUCAUUCAACGUUAAUGAAAAGGUCGAGGGUCCAGCAGGGUCGUACCUGAGUCACAUCCAGACAGAGACGGGGGCUCGAGUCUUUCUCAGGGGGAAAACUUCUGGUUACAUUGAACAAGCAUCAAAGCGGGAGUCUUUUGAGCCUCUUUAUGUCUACAUCAGCCACCCAAAUGCAACUGGAUUGGAAGCAGCGAAGAAACUCACUGAGAGUCUGCUGGAAACUGUGAGAGCUGAACACGCCCGCAUGGUGUCGAUGUACACAGCCACAGGCUCAACACAACCAUACGCAGCACAUGGAUUUCCACCUAAUAGCAAUUACUCUAACCAGGGGUCCUGGUAUAACUACCCAGCAAAUGGGUAUGCUGGCGGCUAUUCAGCGUACCCAGGAGCCGGUGGUUAUUGGAGUAAUGCAAAUGGUCCCCCAAGUCAUUCUAACAUGUCGACAAACCCUCCAUCUUCUCAGGCAAUGGUUCAGUAUCCGGUGUGUCCUAGGAAACCGCAUCCAUAUCUAGUCCAGGAUCCUGGCAGCAGGGAGACAGUGGAGCCUGAAGGAUCUUUAAACAUCCCCCCUGACUCAGGAAGUCCCAAACGUCAUUUCCAGGAGGGGGCUAAGGAAGAACAGUCUACCAGCAGUUCUCCAGAGGGUCCUGCUCAUCAGGAGUCUGAACUUCCUGCCUCCAGUGUUGGAGAAGAGAAUGUAGUAGAAAGGAUUUUGAUGCCUCCACCACCACCUCCUUUUGUGGUUCCUGCCCCUGUUAUACGCAAAAGGCCGAGAGACGCGGUGACUGAAGAUCCAGCCAGUCUGCCCAUCAGCGCCGCGUCAAUGGGUGUUCAAGAGGAAGUGUGCGAAAAGAGGUCUAAAGUGGACGAAGAUGCAUCGGGGCUUGUACCCUACGGAGGAGAUUCCUCCGAUGAAGAGGAGGAGAGGACACGCAGCAGUAAGACAGAUAACUCAUAACCCCUGCCCCGCCCCAUCCCCACUGCCCAGGAUACCCACAGACCCAAAGUCUACAUUCAGUAUAUCAACAUGCUUCUCAAACUCCAACCCCAUAAAAGGAAAAAUCCACCCUCGCAUUAUCAUACACUUUUAGGACUAUAACAUUGUUUUGCCAUGUUUUACCCCAUUUACUGCAAAUAAUGAAUGUUAUUGCUGACCAUUUUCCAAAAUGUUAAAUGCUUUUGACAUUUUUUCCUUCCAUCCAAGCAGACAUGGCUUUCCAUUGAUCUCCGUGUGGCACUUUUUUAUUUUUUUUAUUUCAGGUUGACAGUCUUUAUAUAGCAGUAAUGUAAAGUACAGAUGAUUAGUAGUAAGCAGGCUGAAAAUGGAGGGGAAAAACACUGGUAUGGUCUUUGAAUUAUCACCAGUUUUUGAUGUUUGGUGCUUUUUUUUAAUUUUCUUGUCCUGCUGUUAAGUUUUUUUUCAUGCAUCUCCCAGAAUGCCUUUCUAUAACCUCUCACACAAUGGAUGUGAACCUGUUGGGUUUUAGUCAAAGGUGGGCAUAUUUAAAUGUAUGCCCAUCUAUAGAGAAAAUGUAAAAAUAGAAAUUUAGAUAGCCUGCCAACUAGUUCAUUGUGCAUAUGUUUGUACCCACGUGGCUUAAAAUGCAACACAUCUUGCAGCUACAUGUCAUUGAAGAAUUUCGAGAAUAUGGUUUUAGAAAAUACAAAGCUUUUCUACAGUGUUUUUCUCCCUUGUUAUUGCUGUCUUGAUACAAGGCUCUUUUUUUUACUCCAAGGGUCUGACUCUAAAAUGUGCACUUACCAAUCUCUUAAAUGGCAGAGAAAUGUUCUAUUAACAAAAUAUUUACCACUAUUAUACAACAUUUUAACAGUGUGAAAGUAUUCAGGGUGGAUUUUUCCUUUGUGAAUUGUAUAAUAACUACAAAUGGAUUUUUUUUCCUUUUCUUAAAACACUUAUUUCAGUUUUUUUAAAGCAUCUUUUGUUAAUCAAAAACAAGCCCCUUAUUUUGAAUUUAAACACUUGGUCUGCUGCAGAUGCUGAUGGUAUAAAUACAUAUUGUAAAAUUCAGUAAAAAUUUUUCUUAUCUUGGAAAAUGGUGUAUGCCUGUUCCCAUGGAAUACUAUAAUAAAAACAACUGAAAACCC